AUGCAACCUUCAAGGGACUAUGAGGCCUUCGGUGAUGAUGAUGAGUUUGAACCGAUCAGAGAUGGACAGCCGCAGGAUUCGGAUUCUGACAUGGACAUGGGGUUCUCAAGCGACGUGAUGGGGUCAGGGUCAUCCACAGUCAAGCGUGGAACAAAAAGGCCAGCGCCAGUCCCAAUCACAUCAGGUCCGGCUUCGGUUGAGGAAGCACAUCCUGGGUCUGACAACAAGCGGGCGAAGGGAAAGGGGAAGGGGGGCAAGCCGAAGGCCAACGGCAAGCCCCAACGCCCAGACCCUGCUGGUCCGGCUCUUCGCUCUGUUGCUUCCAAUGUCCACGUCGACAAGGCGAAGGCGGCGCUUGCUAAGCACCAGGAGACAUUUGCAGAGGACAAGCUGUGGAGCGCCAAGAUUUGCAGCCGAGCAAUCGAAACUAUGGACAAGAAUUUGACUGGCCUGUCAGUACCUCUCUCGAGUUCCGAAAUUCCUGAGGUGGAGAAGCUUUGCCGCGACAUGGUGCUUUUUGCUGAAGAGACGGCGACCAAGCACAAGCUCUUCGGCGAUGUUCGCCAAUCUCCUUUGGCGCAGGUCACGGGUAUGAGUGAUGAAGCCCACCUGGUCUUCCGAAAGCUCGAGCCAUCGACAGUGUCACAUAUCAUGACUUGGCUGGCUGGGGUGAUUCUGAAAGACAUUGAUUUGGAGAAGAGCACAGAUCCUGAUUUGAGCCGGGCUACUGAUUUGUUCUUCAAGCUCUUGAACGCAAGUCCGUCCCAAGGCCUCUCCUUGAACCACUACAUUCACGCUACAGCCCACCAAUACGGUAUUGGUGAAUUGGAGCAGGUGGCUGAGGGACCCAUUCGUUCACUCCAGUUGCAGCUCUAUAACAUGGUAAGCUGUGGAAUGGCUGAUCUCGCGAGUUUGCCUGACGAUUUCUCAGCGGAUGAUGAUCCUUGCUCCUUUGCAGUUGCCAAAGCGGCCUAUGACCGGAAGAACCAGCUCUCAGUGAAAGUUCUGGCAGAUGGCUGCGAUGGCCUUUUCAAGCUGCUCGAGAACGAGAAUCUGAUGACGCAGCUACAGUCCAUUCUGGUUUGCCGAGAGCAGGCAGAUAAGAUGCCUCCAAGCAGUGCUGAUGGAAAGGCUGGUCUUGUGCAGCUGCGAGGUUGCGUUGAGAAGAUCAACGACUGCGUGACCAAGGUGGGCGAUGAGCCUUUGAUGCUGGCAGCGUGUCCCAUCGAGAAGGGUUGUGCCAAAGGUGGCAGUAAGCGGGCUGCGCCACACAUCAUCAGGAACCUUGGCUACAUGCUGAGGCUGCUGAAGGUGGAGGGUUGGGCAAAGCUGGCAGUCUCUGACAUUGAUUUUCUGGUGGAGCUCGCAAAAGAAGCAAAUGCAUGCUGUGAGGCGGUUGAAUUGGCUGAGAAGGAGCUCACAGUCGAUUCAUUUGUUUCUGCCUCAACGACUAUGACGAAUGCUCUUUGCAAUCAUCAUGUGGCGCGUGCGCAGAAGAGCAGGGACACUACAGGCUCUGAUUGGCCCAAAUCCUUUGCGCAGACAGUGAACAGGCUGUGUGGGGUGGUGGAUGAAUCUGCUUUGCUGCCCACAGCAUGGCUGGCUGCACUCAUCCAGAAAGGACACAUGGAAGACCUUUUGGGCCUCUCGACAGCUGUAAAGGUCCAGCUUGGAACCAAGGUGUCUACAAUCCUGAUUGGUGCAGCAAUUGUUCAUCAAGCCGAUUCCAAAGGUGGCUUUUGGUCAAUGGACACGCUGAGCAGCAAGGCAGAUGUGAAGGACGCCAUGCUGAACAUAGCCCAGCUAUCCGGGCUCCAAACGCCUGAUGUGCUUUGCUGCUUGCCUCGCGCCCGGGACCAUUUCAACGAGGGAAAGCUCAAGCUCUCAAAGAUGUUGACGGACGUUGCAGAGGAGGUGAUCAAACAGAAAGAAUCGCUGAAGGAGUUUCAUGAGAAGUAUGUCAAAGUAGUUGAUUCCUUGGAUUCGUGGGACUUUGACCAAGUCAAGCAUCUCGUUGACAACUCUGACAGCCGAACAGAGGAUGAGAUGAAACAACAAAUUCCCCGUUUGCAGCAGCUUCAGGAAGCCGAUGACCUGUUGACCACUGUGCAGACCUACGUUUCAUCAAGCACGCACGAGUCCUACGGAAUCAGUGCAGAGGCGAUGACCAAGCUAGAUCAGGCCGCGGUUCAGGAUCUCAAGAAGCAAAUUGACGACAAAUCGAUGCCUGCGCCUUCGCCUGCGGCUACGCCCAAAAGGGCCGCCAAGAAUGCCAAGGCUUGGGAGGACACUGAGCGCUCUCCCAUUGCAAAGGCAUUGGCGAAGGGGAAGGCGUCCCCAAAGAAGGCAAAAUCUGCCGCCAAACGCAGCAAAUGA